GACCCUUUGUUGACCUUCAGUGCUUGCUUCCACUUGCUGCUCGCUCCCUCUGUCAAUCAAGCAAAGCCUCCACUCUCUUCCGUUGUUUGUUGUUGAGACUGUUGCUGCUGCGCGUCUCGCGCCGCCAUAUCCGCCACUAUGUCGCUCAACGUCUACGAUCCCUCAAUUCCUAGGAAGAAGGUGGCCAUCGUCGGCAGCGGCUCGGCGGGCAUUGCAACGCUGUGGGCACUGAACCGAACCCACCACGAUGUCUACCUCUACGAGGCUGCCGCCCGCCUGGGCGGUCACACCAACACCGUCAGCUUCAAGAACGGCAAAUACACCACUCAGGUCGACACGGGCUUCAUUGUCAUGAACUCAGAGACAUACCCCAACUUCCUCGCGUUCCUCAACAAGGUCGGUGUGGCCACCGCGCCCACGCUGAUGACCUUUGGCCUGUCGCGUGACCACGGCCUCUUCGAGUGGGCAGGGUCUAGCCUCGCCACCGUCUUCUGCCAGCCGAAGAACCUCUUCUCAUGGCGCAUGUGGCGCAUGAUCUUCGACGUCGUCCGCUUCAACCAGUUCGCGCUCGACCUGCUGAGGGAGGCCAACGCGGCGGCCACGGCCAAGCCCAACGGCUCGGCCAAGGGCAAGACCAACGGCAGGCCCACGUCGUCCGAGUUCCUGGUGGGCACCUUCGGCCCCGAGGAGACCAUCGGGCAGUACCUCGAGCGGGAGGGCUACUCGGACGCGUUCCGCGACGACUACCUUAUCCCAAUGACGGCGGCCGUCUGGAGCACCGGCCCGGACAAGUGCGCGCUCGAGUUCCCCGCCGUGACGCUCGUCAGGUUCCUCUGGAACCACCACCUCAUGUCGACCGUCUCCAAGAGGCCCGACUGGCUCACCAUUCCCGACGGCUCAAAGUCGUACAUCGACGCCGUGAUGAAGGGCUUCCCGAGCAACCACGUCUUCCUCAACACGCCCGUCAAGUCGCUGACCAACGACGCGGACGGCAAGGUGCGGCUGCACCUCAACGGCGGCAGGUCGCACGUGUACGACCACGUGGUGCUGGCGACGCACGGCGACCAGGCCUACUCGAUAAUAAAGGAGUCGGCCACGGACGAGGAGCACGAGAUCAUGUCGAGCUUCCAGACGUCCAAGAACGUGGCGGUGCUGCACUCGGACCAGUCGCUCAUGCCGGCGAACCGCAAGGCCUGGUCGGCCUGGAACUACAUGACCGUGUCGGCGCCCGAGGCGGGCCGGCGCAACAUCGACAAGGUCUCGCUGACCUACAACAUGAACGCGCUCCAGCACAUCCCGCGCGAGCACUUCGGCAACGUGCUCGUCACGCUCAACCCGCUGCACGAGCCCGACCCGGCCACGGUGCAGGGGCGGUUCGAGUACGCGCACCCGCUCUUCACGCCCUCGUCCGUGCGGGCCCAGGAGCUGCUGCACCACAUCCAGAACCGCCGCGCCGUCAGCUACGCGGGCGCGUGGACAAAGUACGGCUUCCACGAGGAUGGCUUCAGCAGCGGCCUCAAGGUGGCCGUAGAGCACCUCGGCGCCAAGCUGCCCAUCAAGUUCAAGGACUCGACAAACGCCCGCGGCCAGCAGCCCCGCCUCGGCAUGGGCGACCUGGUCGUCAGGGUGUCGGUCCUGGCCGUGCAGGUCGUGGUCAUCGACACCCUCCGCGGCAUCUCGCGCAUGUGGAGCAGGAGGCCCGCCGGCGGUCGCCGCUCCAACGGCGGUGCGUCGGCCAGGAGGAGGAACGUGGUCAAGACCUGCAAGGUUAUCUAAGCGAAGCAGCAACAACGACGGUUACGACGAUGACAACAACAACAACAACAACAACAACAGAAAAAAAAACGGAGGCGGUGAAGAGGUAAAGGGGGGAUGGGUUGUGGAGUUUUGCAGGCAUGAUCUUGGCGUCAGGUUGUACCGGAAUCUUGGGUUUCUUGUUCUUUUCUUGUUUUUUUUUUCCUAUACCCCCCGACAUUCGUUUGACGAAUUUCCUCCCCCUUAUUCCCUAUGUCUCAACACCCAAAUUGGCAAGCAUGAGCAGGACGUAUAUGAUAGCAUAUGAUUUUCAAGAUUUCAAGAUAGCAUGAUAGAAACUGUCACGGCGUGGGUGCGACUUGACGUCGCCCCACUGAAAUGGAGCCCCUGAAGCGACCAGAGCUUUUUGCUGGUAACCACAACCGAAGACCCAAGUUGACCGCCAUGAACUCCCUG